GAUAGGUCUUUCAAAAAAGAAGCUAACUGGAUCCGCAAGAGAAGUUUGUGCAAUUUGACUUUGGUCAAAUUAAUAAAUAAAUUAAAAAAUGUCCUUUGGGUUGGAUGCGGAAUCGCUGGAGACGCUCACCUUCGAACGAUCCAAAACUUGGUCGAAUUUUUUAAAGAGUUGCGAGGAAAUUAAAAAUGGAGAUGAAAUUGAUGUGUCGCUAUUUGAAAGUAUAUUCGAUGAUCCGGGUACCGAGGAGCAGGACGAAGAAUCCAUGAUGGAGUUUGAAGAGGCCGAAGAAGAUGAUGUCGAGGACGACAUAAAUACAACACACUGCAUGACGAAAGCGCAAUUAACACAGAUGCUAACCAGCGGCAGCAAUAAGGAAAUUCUCGACCAAACAAUGCCCAUAGUGGAGGAACAUAGGCGCAAGUGGAAGGAGGCAGGCUUGGACCGCAUACUCAACACAUUCGAUGCCCAUCAGAUCGAAGAGCAUGUUGGUGGGUGGAUGCGACGCAAUAAUAGUUGCUAUAUUGAACCUUCUCCUAAGGCUUCAGCAUUAUCAGAGUACUACAAACGCCAUGAGCUGGUCGAAAGCGAGGAGGAGGAAGAGGAAGAGGAAACAGAGCAGACAGUCCGCUACAUGCAUAACAGUUGUAAACGCUCGGCCAGCAAGAAAUGCCAAAAAAGUCCACGCACAGCCGUUAAAAUGUAUCGCACUCUGCCCUCGAUGCGCAGUGAACGGCGUGCCCAAUAUGCCGCCUGGCAGCUGAGUGAGGAGCAGGAGCAACGUAAGCACAUGCGAUCGAUGAUCCAACAAAGCAAAGAGCGACAUCGGCGACAGCGCGAACGUGAGCUAAUCUUCCACACGAGUCCACGACACUAUUCGUGCAGCAUGGUGCACAAAAUGCGCAAGCAUCGCGACUACUCACGCCUAUUGCCAGCAUCGUCGUGCAGCGAGGAAGAACUGGAGAAUAGUCGCUGCGAAUGCGAGUCCUGCAAUUCGACAACUGCUGCUCAUUCAUACUAUUCGUCUUAUCGCAAUAACUAUCAUAGUCGCAGUAUGCGCGAUCCAUAUCUUCGUGAUCAUCAUCAUCGGGGUGAGCAGCGUUACGCACUGGAGUCGCGAUCGUUCUCCAACAAUGUGUAUUGCAAGCGCAGCAUGCGACAUCAGCUGCAGCGUCAGCACGCCUUUGAACAUGAUCGUCGUCCGCGCUUGGUAGAAAACAAAUGUGGAUGCUGCAAUAGUGGGCGACUCUGCUCGAAAGUGGUGCACAUUGCCAACAGCUCAACGGAGGAAUGGGUGGUGGAGAACAAGAGCAGUCCUGAUGCCUUCCCUUUUGAGACACCCAAGCAGAGUUCUUCACGUGGGAAGACACCUCUUAAAAUGAGUACAGCACGCUCCAAGGCGCCUGCUAAAACAAAAAUCAAAACUAUUGACGAGGAACUGUGGUUUGAGCCACCCAAAGUAAACCUUGGCAAUAACGUCAAGACGAACAUUAGAGCAAACAUGAAAUCAAUUGAAGAAGAACGUCUCAUUGAGCCACCCAAAGCAGCAUUUUUUAACAAUUUCAUGGCGCCCAUCAAUCAUAAAUUAAAAAGCAAAGCAGUUGAAGAAGAUAUGAUUUUUGAGACACCCAGAACAACAGUUGGCAACAGCUCCAAGGCGCCAAUUAAAGCAAAGUCAAAGGACAAAGAACUUGCAGAGGAAUUUGUUUUUGAACCACCUAAAGAAAAAUUGGGCAACAAAUCGAGGGCACCAAUUAAAUCAAAGAACAGGACAGUUGAAGAAGAUAUGCUUCUUGAGACACCCAAAGCAACAAUUGGGAACAACACCAAGGCGGCAAUUAAAGCAAAGUCAAAGGACAAAGAACUUGCAGAUGAAUUCCUUUUUGAGCAACCUAAAGAAAAAUUGGCUAAACAAUCCAAGGCGCCCAUUAAAUCAAAGAGCAAGGCAGUUGAGGAAGAUAUGCUUCUUGAGACACCUACAGCAAAUGUUGGCAACAGCUCCAAGGCGCCAAUUAAAGCAAAGUUAAAGGACGAAGAACUUUCAGAGGAAUUCGUUUUUGAACCACCUAAAGAAAAAUUGGGCAACAAAUCGAGGGCACCAAUUAAAUCAAAGAACAAGGCAAUUGAAGAAGAUAUGCUUCUUGAGACGCCUAAAGCAACAGUUGGCAACAGCUCCAAGGCGCCAAUAAAGGCAAACUCAAAGGACAAGGAACUUGCGGAGGAAUUGCUUUUUGAGACACCCACAGCAACAUGUGGCAACAACUCCAAGGCACCCAAUCAAACAAAUAUAAACGAUAUUGACGAAGUAUUAUUUAAGCAACCCAUACCAGUAACCAGCAAUACAAAAUCCAAGCCAAAGGCAACUGUAUCGUUCUCCAAUGCUGUGGAAUCAGUGCCAAGCACAUCAAACGCAUCAACGAAAUCCAAGGCUCAGAAGAGUUCUAAGAAGGAGCAGCAAUUGCCGACAAAUGAUAUUCAAAAUUCUGUGGCCAGUCCACCAAUGUCGACGCGCAAACCCAGAGCUCCGAAAACAUCCACGAAGGAACAGCCACAUUCAAGUGCUCCAAAUGAAGCGGUGAAGCAAGAUAAUGAAUCACCACCAACGCCUGAGAAACCAAUCAGUAAAGCUAAGGCCACUAGAGCCGCCAAAGCACCAAGGCAAAAGAAGCCAGCAACUAAGACAGCCAAGAAAGUGGCCAAAUCGAAAAAAAACCAGAAGGAAAUAGAUGAAGAUGAACUGGACGAAGAGUUCAAGCGAGCCUUGGUGCUGUCCGAGCAAACUUAUGUGGAGGAGCAAAAAAAAUUGAAGCCACAAGCAGCUGCCGAAACCGAAUCGCCGCAGCUACCGGAGCAAUCGAUGUUUAACAAUCAAAGUGUGGCAUGCAACUCCACGGCGCUUAGCAAUGACACAGCUUGCGGACGUACUCUUAAACCACAAAAGAAUGUCUGCAUUGAUCUCUGUAGCCCAGACAGCUCUCGAAAUGAUAUACCAGCUGAUACGGACUGCACCAUGGUUACAUCGACGACGACAGGAUGUGAUGAAACAGUUGCUGCUGCUGCCAAGCGACCACAGUUGAAGAUAUCGAAGAAAGGUGUGCUCCUGUAUGAGCCACAGAAUAUGGUUGAAAACAGUCAUAGUGAAAGUACUAUUUCAAACAAAAGUACUGCGAACUUUACGCUUUCAGAGCAUACAUUGAGCCCCAUUAUUGGUAAACAUAAAGCCCGCAAGUUUUUCAAAUACUACACGGGCAGCUGCAGCUUUGAUAGUCGCUGCUAUGUUUAUUAUUGUCCACCGAAAAAAUUGUUGAAUGCCCUGAACACCGAUUCCAAGUCCUUAGAUGUAGAUUUAGAUUCAUCCGGUUCUAGCAGUUGCGACGAUGAUUUGGAAAUAUUGGCAGGCUUGGGCGUCAUUUACACCGAGAUAGAUAAAGGCAACGGGGACGAUUGACUCGUUUGACAAUUAAAUUAUUAUUUAAAAGACCACGAUUGUUUCAAAUAAUUUUAAGAUAUAUCCACUUUUUUUCUUUGUAUAUCUCAUAAUUAUAAUAAAAAAAAUUCGUUACCACCUAAUAAACUUGUCUACAUGUAAAUUAAAAAGUAUCUUACUGAACAAAAAAUAUCCGU